AUGACAUCUUUCAAAUCUCUCAUGGAGUCCAUGGAGUCUCUCUCUGCACUCAUGAAGGAUGUGGAUAUAGAGUUAGACCCAAAGGCAUCGUUCAAUGCAGCUAUACAAGUAUAUGAGAAAUUCAUGCAUCUCUUCAAAGAUGGAAGCCCUGAGGUAGCUGCUUUGAAAGCUCAGGAGGCGCUGGAGUCAUUUGAAAAUACGAUGCUCAACAUUGCUGUUACAGGAGAGACGGGUGCAGGGAAAUCAUCCUUCAUCAAUGCCAUCCGGGGACUGGAGACUGAGGACAAAAGGGCUGCCCCAACUGGUGUGACAGAAAUGACAACAGAGCCAACUGCUUAUCCGCAUCCUACCUACCCUAACGUGACACUGUGGGAUUUGCCAGGGAUUGGGGCAGUGGGUUUUCGGCCAGAAAGGUACCUCCAGCAGGUGAAAUUCAGUCGCUAUGACUUCUUUAUCAUCAUCGCCUCAGGGCGGUUCCGUUCCAGCCAUGCCGACCUGGCCUGGAAGAUCCAAAAAAUGGAGAAGAAGUUCUAUUUUGUGCGCUGCAAAGUGGAUGAAGAUUUGGCCAAUGAAAGAAGGGCUCAUCCCCAAAUUUACAGUCAGGACAGUGUCUUGCAGAGGAUCAGGGAGAACUCCGAGAAACAUCUGAGACACCAAGGGGUGUCCAACCCACAGGUCUUUCUUCUCUCCAACUGGGAGUUCGACCAGUAUGAUUUUCGCCUACUGGAGGAUACGCUGGAGAAGGACCUCCCCAGUCUACAGAGACUUGUGUUUCUGCUCAGCUUGCCCAACCUCUCCCCUGAAAUCAUAGAGAAGAAGAAAGCUGCCCUGAAGAAGCAUUUAUGGAAAAUAUCCCUGGUGUCUGCUUGUAUCAAUGCUGUUCCCCUUGAGAGAGUCUCUCUCGCGUGUGACAUUGGAAUCCUGCUGGUCUCCAUGAUCGCCUUCUACAAGCGAUUUGGCCUUGAUGAUGACUCCCUGGCUAAGCUUGCCAGGCAGGCUGCAAAGCCCGUCACAGAGCUCAAAGCUGUUAUCCUAUCGCCGCAGGUGGAAGAACUCACCAGGGACUUCUUACUGAAGAAAUGUGUCAGGGUUGGGUGCGGCAUCACCAGGUCAUUUGAACGUCGCUUUAAGCUGGUAUCCGUGAUUAGCACCGUAGCUGCAGCAGCGUUGUCUUUCAUUACCACAUAUUCCAUACUGUCAAGCUUCCUGGAUAAAGUUGCCGAAGAUGCAAAGAGAAUUCGCAAGAAAGCCCUGGAAUAA